GGGGGGGUCCGACGGUCAGCGACCUCUCCGGAGUUUAAGCUUUGCAUGUGGGUCGUUCAUGCUAACAAUCGAGCCUGGCUGCUCGCUAUUUAUUUUAUUACCAGACAUUCAGAAGGCAACGUUUUCUCCAACUGGUCCUUUGUCGUCUCUAGUGGCUCGUAUUGAUCAUGUUCACUCAGUGUCUGAACAAAGGGAAUCUUGAACUGUGGCCAAAGGGAAAUGGAAAAUAUCAAUCUUAAAACCUCCAACGUUAACUUUUAUUAAUGAAUAAUGUUUUGCAGCAGAAGAGACUCCGGGGUUGUAGAUCACCUGUCUGUCCAUCACAGAGCUCUCCCCCAGCGGCAGCAGCAGGCUGUGACCUUGUCCACCACAAGCCUUUCUGCUAGGGGAGAGUAUGGAGAGGACGGCAUGUCUGACAGGUUCACAGAAGGACAGGACGUAUUGGCCCGCUGGUCAGAUGGCUUGUUCUACUUGGGGACAAUCACCAAGAUAAAUCGGGACAAGCAGCGAUGCUUCGUAGUUUUUGAGGAUCGGUCAAAGUCUUGGGUUCUGUGGAAGGAUAUCCAGACAGGGGAUGAAGAUGAUGAGGAGGAGGAUGAUGAGGACGACGACAUUGUGUGCUCUAUAUGCCAGGAUGAAACUUCAGAUGAACCCAAUGAAAUAGUCAUUUGUGACAAGUGUGGACAAGGCUACCAUCAGCUGUGCCACUCCCCCAUCAUCGACGCCUCUGUCAUUGACUCAGAUGACAAGUGGCUCUGCUCAGAUUGUGAGCUCACUUCUAUACCUAAGAGGGUGGCUGCACACAUGAGGGGAGCACCUGCUACGGGCUUUCUGCAGCAGCAGCAACAGGAGGAUACGGAGCUGCACCUGUCUCUCCCAUACGCUCUGGACGAGCUGGUUUGGGACCAGGGCCACAAGACUAACACCCAGCGGUGCUACUGCUACUGUGAAAGUCCAGGAGAUUGGUACCUGAAGAUGCUGCAGUGCAACGGGUGUCUGCAGUGGUUCCAUGAGGCGUGUCUCCAUUGCCUACAGAUGCCCAUGCUCUAUGGAGACAGGUUUUAUCUGUUUAUUUGUUCCGUUUGCAAUGGUGGACCAGAGUACCUCAGCCGACUGCCUCUCACAUGGGAGAAUGUCACACACCUGAGCCUGUACAACUUGAGUGUGAUUCACAAGAAGAAGUACUUUGACUCAGAGAUGCACCUGAUGUCUUACAUCAAUGAUAACUGGGAGCUUCUGCAGCUGGGGAAGCUUACUAACACUCCCCGAUCAAAGCGAUAUGCAAGUGUUCUGGAGGCAUUAAACAACAACAGGAGCAUGUUCAAGUCAGGGAAGGAGAUUAAGAAAAAUAAGCACUUGUUUGGGCUGAGGAUCCGUUUCCCUCCUGCUCCCCCCAACUCUGAUGAGCCAACCGGCAGAGUGAUGGAGAGGGCUUCACAUGAGAUCCCCUUCAAGGGAUGUAAGUCCACCCAGAACCGGUCUGGCAUGAGGACUUUAACCAAUGGCACAGAUAAGAAGAAAAAGAGGAAGCAAGGAGCACAUUCUCUGGAGACUCUGGCUAAACCACAACGCAGUGAACUCUUAUCCCAGGACAUAAAGCAUCUGCCUCUAGAGCCCAACACAUUGGAUCACUUAACCUCUAUCAAGACUGAGAGGUCUCUGCUGUCGACUUCAGAUGUGGAAUCCAUAGGAGCCCCGAGCACCACAGAAACUACCUCAACUAGCAUUUCUAGACCGUCCAGCUGUAGCUCCAGCAAGACGCGACCGACAGCCUGCAUCAUGCCCGUUUCUGCUCCACCCUUAAAGAGGAAACGUGGGCGGCCACGAAGGGCCCUGCAGCCCCCCAACCCAGAGAUCCCGCCUCCGAGCCAUGCAGACCCAAACCUCUCAGCUACGGAGAUGAUGAGCCCACUCCCAGGGCUUCACUCCACAGAUAUAGUUCAUGGCAUGGACCCCAACAGCCAGCUCUCCCACCUCAAGAGCUCCAUCAGCAGCUAUUUCGGAGCAGCAGGGCGACUUGCUUGUGGGGAAAAGUACAAAGUCCUGGCACGACGGGUCACCCUUGACGGCAAGGUGCAGUACCUGGUGGAGUGGGAGGGAGUCACUGCCUCCUAGACUUGUCAUUGUCGUCAUGACUUCUAACUUUUUACCAGGGCCUGCAAGAGGUUUCUGGCUGUGCUAAGGACACGUGUUCACAGCGAUAAUUGAUAUAUAUACCAUGGUUUAGUUUAGACGGGAGCCAAGUUUUCCUGUUGAGCUUACUGCAAAGCCUACUGGUUCAGUGCACAUUUAAAAACGUCUUUUCCUCAUGUGUUAUAAAGAUUACAAUUAUUUGAUCAAGACAAGGCAUUGUUAUUAUACCACACCAUAUUUGUGUUCUGCUUUUAACUUUCAUUAUUUGCUUUGAAUGUUUUCAGCAACCGUGUUUAUUCAGGGGCACAUAACUGAUCAGUGCACUGCAUCUGUAGGCUUACAGUGAAUCGUUAUUGUACUUUAUUUUUAAUCCAGGUAUCUGCUUUUCAUUUCCUGACCAGUUAAGUAUAAAAACUGUAUUUUUUUGGGGGGGGGGGGGCAAUGUGGUUGGUCAGGCAGUAAAAGGUAAAUCUUAGAGGAUAAGAGGGAGGGACAUGUUCAAAAGAAAUUCAUUAAUUUUACUGCUGCAAUGACUAAUUACAUAUGUUUUGUUACAUUUAUUUUCUUACCAACUUGGUAAAUGUUGAUUUUUACAAAUGUCCUUUCCUCUAGCCCCAGCUACAAGUACAUAUUGGUCCCUUUUUUAGCAGCGAUAUCCUUCUGUGAAACUCAAGACCGAAGAGAUGUGCUGCUGAAAUUGUUUUGAAUUAUACUACAUUUUAUUAUGACCUUUCAACUAGUCCUUUCUCAAAAGUAUUUUUUUUUUCUGUUCAGCAUUUUCUUUUUUAUUCAUUGCACACAACAAAUUAUUAAAAAAAAUGUUGAUUAGAUCAUUUGAGCUUUUUAGCUCCUACAAGGCAGCAUUGUUCAUGGUAAAGUUCUUUAAAUCCCUUUUUGUUGGUCAAAGCUCCAAGUUAAAAUUUAAAUGUGAGAUUCUGAAAAAUGCAUACAUUUUGUUUUCAUAGUAAAGAUCUUUUUUCGAGAUCUCAACCGCAGUAGUCAAAAUGAAUUAACCUUUUAAAAACAUUUUAUUUGAAAUUGAUUAAAAUUACUUAACUGUUGAUUGAAAUCUUUAAGGAUCUAUUUUCUUUUUAGAUUGUCUGAUUAGUUAUAAACAAAAUAAGGUGCUGCAUAAGAUUAAUGCCGUUUACCCAGUUUUCAUGCUAAAGAGUUCAGAAGUGUUUUGAUUUUUUUUGUUUUUGUGCUGCCUAUGCAAGUUAGUCCUUGAUAAUCGUGUCGUUCAGUCUAUUAAUGGACCAUACGGCUUGAUAAAGGGGUGCUUCAGCAUUAUUAUGAUGAUUUGACUCGGUGUUUAAAUUGUUUGUGUGACUGGUGCAAAAUGUACUUUAAUUUUUGCUUUUACAGUCAAGUUCACCUUGUAGUGUACACACUCAGGAUAUGUUUCACUGUAUUGCAUAGGCCUGCCUUUGCAGCUCGCCAGGAGGUUUAGAUAUAUAUGUUAUUCACUCAGUGUUGUUGGUCAGUAUUUUUCUAUUGGCUCCUCCAUUUUACUUUGAACCAUAUGUAAGCUUUUUUUAAAUUUUGUAUGAGUAAAACAAAUUUGUAGUUCAUUUUUACUGCGCCACUUUCUGGUUUAAUCCGAGUCAGAAAAAGUCACUGGAAAACUAAUAUGCUGUAUGUCACUGCAUGAGGUAAAUAUUAAUUUAGUUCGACUGUCUCUUUUUACAGAUGUUUUCAAUUUUUUUUGUUGAAAUGGAAAGAGCUUUUUGACAUUGAUACCUCUUCAUUGUACGGAUGUAGUCGGUGUGUGUAAAGCUCGUCUCCUCUGUUCAGCCAGUCUCAGUCUCCAUGUUGUUACCACUGGCUUCCAACAGGCUUCUGCAGCCAAAGAACAUACAUGUAACGUCUGCUUCGUCUUUUGAGAUUCCUAUUACAUUUUUAUACAUUAUUACAUAGGUUGACGUGAUACUUCUGAACCUGUUUAGUUAAAGGAUUAAUAAAAGCCGAUAUUUUGAA